AAUGAGUAGUGUUCAAUUUGUCAAUUCCAAAGCUGAAGUUCUUCGUAAAUAUUAAGCCUUGGCAAUGAAUAUAAAUGCUGCUGCUGGCUUAAUGGAAGUGAUGAAAUCAAAUCUAGGACCAAAAGGAACCUUAAAAAUGUUAGUAGGAGGUGCUGGAUAAAUAAAACUUACAAAGGAUGGAGCUGUUCUUUUAUCAGAAAUGUAAAUUCAACAUCCAACAGCAGCUAUGAUUGCCAGAAGUGCUACAGCCUAGGAUGAUAUCAUUGGUGAUGGUACAACAAGUAAUGUUCUUUUGAUUGGCGCAUUAAUGAAAUAAGCUGAAAGAUUAUUGGCUGAAGGAAUUCAUCCAAGAGUAAUAACAGAAGGAUUUGAAUUAGCUAGAAAGGAAGCCUUAUCAUUUUUGGACACUUUCAAGUAUUAGUAAAUUGAUAAGGCUGUAUUAAUAAAUGUGGCUAGAACUUCAUUAAUUAGUAAAUUGACUCCAGAUGUUGCUAAUCAGUAAUUAAUAUAAUAAAAUAUAAUUUAGAAUUAUUGAAAUUGUAGUUGAUGCUGUUUAAAUAGUUCAUGUACCUGAGAAACCAAUUGAUUUAUUUAUGGUUGAAAUUAUGCAUAUGUAACAUAAGAUGGGAGCAGAAACAGAAUUGAUUAGAGGAUUAGUAUUGGAUCAUGGUGCAAGACAUCCAGAUAUGCCAAAAUUUGUUAAGAAAUGUUAUAUCUUAAAUUUGAAUGUUUCAUUGGAAUAUGAAAAGACUGAAGUAAAAUAGAUAUACAUAAAUAGGUUCAUAGUGGAUUCUUUUAUAAUUCAGCUGAAGACAGAGAGAAAUUAGCUAGAUCUGAAAGAAAACUGACAGAUGAUAAAUGUUAAUAAAUUAUUGAUUUCAAAAGAAAGGUUUGUGAGAAGAAUGGAUAUGGAUUUGCAGUUAUCAAUUAAAAAGGAAUUGAUCCAGUUUGUUUAGAAAUGUUUGCUAAAGAAGGAAUUGUUGGUAUUAGAAGAGCUAAAAAAAGAAAUAUGGAAAGAAUUGCAAAAGCAUGUGGUGGUAAUUCAGUUAAUGCAGUUGAAGAUUUGACAGAAAAUGAUCUUGGAUAUUGUGAAGUGGUAAACAAUUUUAAUAUAUAAUUAGUUAAGAGAAUAUACCUUAGGAGAAGAAAAGUAUACAUUUAUUGAAGGAGUAUAAAAUCCAACUUCAUGUACAAUUUUAAUUAGAGGACCAAAUGAACAUACUAUUGCUUAAAUUAAAGAUGCUAUUAGAGAUGGAUUAAGAGCUGUUAAAAAUGCUAUUGAAGAUAAAUGUGUUAUUCCAGGUGCUGGUGCCUUUGAAAUUGCUACUAGUGUUCAUCUUUAAAAGUUUAAAGAUUCUGUGGCAGGAAAAGCUAAAUUAGGAGUCUAAGCAUUUGCUGAUUCAUUAUUAGUUAUUCCAAAAGCUUUAGCAGAAAAUUGUGGAUAUGAUGUUUAAGAAACACUCAUUUAAGUUACUGAUGAAUAUAUCUAAAAUAAAAUACCAGUUGGUGUUAAUGUUAAUGAAUAAGGUUUCAUUGCUCCUAUUGCUAAUGGAAUUUUUGAUAAUUAUUGUUGUAAAAGAUCAUGGUUGAACAUUGCACCUACAUUAGCUUAAUAAUUAUUAUUAGUUGAUGAAGUAUAUAUUUAUAUAAUAAAUUUAGAUUAUGAGAGCAGGUAAGUAGGCAGGAGGUGCUCAAUAAUGAUA